AUGGGUCGUCGUGCGCAAGAUGCGUCGAUCGAAGCAUUCCCUGUUACUACCCUUCAGAUGGCACCUCUGUUGUUGGAGAGGGGCAGGACCGGAUUCGAUGCCGAAUACUGGGACCCUGCCAUACUGUCGACUACAAAUUGGCUAGAUGCUCUGUGGGACAGCUCACUUGAUGCCGAAGCUGCAAUCGAGUCUUUUGUGGUGCCUCCUGGCAAUGCUGCCCUCAGCUACAUACAGGUUCCCAGCGCCUCCACUCCACAUGGCGGCCCUUCCAUAACGUCUGGCGAGACGGGCACUUCACCAGCCACGCAAGAAGAGCAGACACCGGGAGAGUACUAUGUGGAUGGCCAACCAGCACGUUUGCCACGCACGAAACGGCGACGAAUGACCUCCUCUGUAGAGGACUCCCUACCUGGUGAGCUCCUGUCGUUGCAAUGGCAGCCACAGGACAGCUGGGCCCAGACUGACGGCAUUGAGCUUUCCGACCAGGAUUAUGCGAGUGUCACGGCUACGUUCGAGCAGCUCUGUACUGCAGGCAUAGCUGGCAAGCCAGCUUUCCGAGGAGAAGUACCCUCAAAAAGAUUGCUAACGUACCUGCUUGUGGCGUACUGGGAUGGGUUUGACACAAUAUUGCCCGUAGUGCACCGCACUUCAACGCUCCGUCAAAUGGACGUAUACACAACAUUAGCGUUAUGUGCGGUGGGUGCUGCGCAUGCUGAUGCUCCUUUGCACGUAGUAUUGUCAAUGCACGAAUUUUUGAGCAGAGCCAUGGAGCAAUUGGCUAUCUACAACAUCUCAACGCCGAUGCAAGCGAGCACAGUACAUGCUCGUCUAAUCCUCUAUAUGUUGGAUGCUUAUCUGCCAGGCGAUGCAGGUGGUAGUGCUGCCAGAUUGCGACCAAGCAUACGUAGCAUAUACCAAGAUGCGGAACAGGGCUACCAAAGCUGCGUCAGAUCCUGUGCUACCCAUAUGCUCUCGUGGGAGCUAUGGCUACAAAAAGAGCAGUGGCUCCGGCUUGCUCACGCUGCAUGGCUCUUGGAUUCUAUGCAUACCUCGCACAUCCAAAAGGAUCCAGUGUUCUCGUUACAAAGCAAUGGCCUGCCGCUGCCCUGCCACGAAUCAUUCUGGCAGGCAGCUAGUGCAGAUCGCUGGAAAGCAACAUAUAAACAGCCUGCAAGCUCGCCGUCGCUCCUACAAGCCCUUCAAGGCCUAUACGUGGAAAAGCGUUUACCACAAGAGACAGGGGAGUUCGCUCGAGUUUUGGUGAUUCACGGCUUGCAUCACCGUUUGUGGGAGGUAGAACGCUAUCUUUCCAACCCAUUGUCCAGCUGGGAGCCCACAGCGACUCGGCAGGCAAGUGCCAAUAUCCUGCCAAAGGAGCCAAUCUGGCUGCCUGCUGUGCCCAUGUAUGCAAAGUGGCAGAAUUCGACGUGCGAUGCAUUGGAUGUCCUCCACUGGCAGGCCAAUGCCACAAUAAUGCAGGCCAGUGGGCUGGAGCAUCCGACUGUUCUGCACUUACACUUUGCUCGCGUGGUGCUCCUGGCACCAUGUGAACACAUUGUGAGAUUUGCACGAACGCUGGCUCAUCUAAACGAACCAGCUUUAGGCACCAGUGCGGAUGGUGAUCAACGGCUCGUCAGGCGGUGGGCUGUACAGCAUCAGUACAAGGCUCGCUUGGCUGCCGUACAUGCUGGAGUUGUUCUUUGGCACGUUCGUCGGUAUUCUGCUGAUGCUUUCUACGAAGCACCUUGCGUGGCACUAGCGACCUUGACCCUUUGGGCAUUUGGCACUUUCGCCGAUCGUCGCGCACCUCAAAGGGCUUCCCGGAGACAGAGCUUAACUCCCACGACUCGGCUCAACACCCAUGCCCUAGGUGCACUCGGGGAGAGCAGCAAAGAGGUCGAAGCACCUUGCGACAUUAUCCUGCUCGAUCGUCCAACUGACGACGAGUUGGUGCAGCAGUUCAUACGAGACGGGCACGCAAUGCAACCACACAUAGGUGGUGUGGGUGACUUGUAUGCAUCUACUGGACCACGCCGGGUACUGGUUCAAGGCAGCAAGCUCCUUGGGUCUCUGAAGCGCUGGGGAGUCGCCGCAGAGUGGCGUGAACUUCUGGAUUGCCUUGCUGGAACACUACAAAUGCAGUAG